AAAUGUAGGCACAGCCGAGAUAUAAUUUGUUCUUGUAUGUCGCCUACAGUGGCUGACGGGUAAAUUACAGGCAAGCCUAUAUGCGAAAUUCAAGUGUCAUUAUCCUAUUGUUAAAAACGCUAGCCGUGGUAUUAAACCUUAUUUAACCAAUAACAAUAUAACCGUACGCUCGUUUCACUGAGGGCAUUGACGAUACUAGAGAGAAGACACCUGCCAUUACUGACAAGAUGAAGGCCAUCUUUGUCUGGUUAAGAAGAUUUUGUCGCCGAUAUCAGUGUUGUUGGACAAGUAUAGUUCUACUUAUCUCUGUAAUAUACGUGUAGGACAAACAAUUCAAAAUGGCGACAAAAUGGCGGUAAAACCCACGCCGAACGCUAAAAUUUCACCCGAAUCUACAUGUGAUCCGGAAAUGAAUAGCGAGUUCGACAUCCCAGCUAUGCGUUUGAAAUACGCUGACCAGCAAACAAAAAUGAAAGUCCUCGAACAGGUCGCUAAUGAAACGAACAUCAAACGCAGCCUACUUGAAAAGUACGGGUCGGGAUGCCAAGUCAUGCUUUUUCUUGACCACAGCGAUACGUUUGAGAACCCAGGCAGUGUCGCGUGCUACGUGGAGAACACCCUGACCGACUGCGACGAUCCAGGCUUCGGGUCGGCAGUGCUGUACUCGGUGGAGGUCCUGACGUCUUGCCUUGUACUGGGGGCUUCGCCGGUGGUCCAGUGGUACAACUGCGAUUUCUGCGGCGCGGAGUCCAAGCAGCCGACAAAUCAUUUCUUAUCCUUCUUUCAAGAUCUUGAAACGAAGACCGAAACUGAAGCAGAGCACAAACUUUGCAUUGCAUCGGGUAUUUCAAGAGUUAGACCAUACGGUGAAGCCGAGUUGGUGGAUCUAAGUUUUGACAUCAAAGCGAGAAACUUUGCCUUUCGUGACUAUCAACCUGAUGAAAAGAUUACUAAUAGUACAAGGCUCUUGGCGCAUUAUGUACUGACUAAAUAUUUCAAACCAGUGGAACAUAUCAGGAAUUAUGUUGAGGAUGCAUACAAUGAAAAAAUGAAAGGGUACUUGAACAUUGGAAUCCACGUUAGAGCCACAGAUAGUUGGAAAGAAGUGAAAAGGGUUACUUCACUAGAACAUUGGAUUUCUGAGACUAAAAAGGUCAUCAAGGCAGUGUUAAGGUCAGAUGAUAUGAUUCUUCAAAUAUUGAAAAGGAAAGGUUUGAACGAGAAACUCUAUCCUGUCAGUGACGAGUCUAUAAGGAUAUUUUUGGCCACAGACAAUACAGAAGCAAUUCUACGUUUUAAGAAGGAGUUUGGCCGUCAGGUGUUUUGGAAUAAUGUCGACAAGGUGACAAGCUUUGAUGCAGAUGGCCGCCUUUGGUACGAGAGCAAUCGACUAGCAAUUGCCAAUGCGAGGGUGGUCCUUCAGGACGUUCUUAUGUUAGCCAAGUGCGAUCUGCUUCUACACGGAGAAUCCAGCAUAUCCGCUCUGGCUCACUAUUUUAACCUCGAUUUGGUGAGUUAUUAUAUUAAGGCAGAGGAACCAGGGGUUUGGUUGCCAACAGCGACGCCGCCUGAGACUCGUGCCCAACUGAAAGCUGAGAUAGAAAAGAUGUUAAACUCUGCUCGGGAGCGCAUGUCCAAAUUUAUAGUGAACAAUAUCACAACUGUCAUUGACGGCUGUGAGCUGAACAGGGCGCCCAAUGAGUAUAACUGGAUAGAUACUGCGAUUUGCUUUGGUAGACAUCGUUUUAAAUCCCAAUGCUUGAACACACAAAAUCUCAACUUGUCUACUCUAAAUGAGGUCAUAAAAUUAAGUCGAAAACCACUGGUUUAG